AUGGCACAUCUACGUGGUCAAGCGGCCCUUGGAACUGGCAGUGAGGACAGGAACUUCGUCCCGAUGUGGGACGGCAAGCCGGAGACCUUCACCCACUUCGUGACAGAAAUCCGGUGGACCUUGAAUAGCACCAAGAAUGCCGAACGUCCUCUACUUGCAUCCAAGAUUAUUAGGAAGGGCCUGCAAUCAGAGCACUCCAUUUUGGUAUCGCUGCUCUACAAACUUGACCCGGAUGAUUUCAGAAGCGAAGAUGGGGUGACCAAGCUGGUCAAAUUCUUGGAGAAGAGCCCGCUGAACCGGCAACCGCUGCCAGAUGCUGGCAACAAAAUUGGUGGCUACUGCCGUCGCCUGAAGAGGCGCCACCAAGAGCCAAUCCCUGCUUUCCUGGUGAGUGAAGACAAGACUCAUGAUGAAAUGCUCAAGGCAUUGCAGCGGCUGUUGCAGGACAGGGAGCUGUCCUUCGAUGGAUACGAGACAAGCCUCUCCGAACUGAAGACCUUCUGCGGCAUCAAUCCAGACGACUCUGUCCAUUAUGGACCUCCCGAAGGGGAUGAUGAGGAUGAAGAUGUCCGAGACUCCAAGAGGUCAUCGAAGGGCAGUGGAAGAAGUUCCACAACCAGGAAGGAGGAGAAGAUAAGAGGAAAGAAGAUUAAAGGAAAGGACCUCCUGAACCGCUUGAUGGAGAAGGGCCUGAUGCCGUUGGCCGCGCUGGACGUGGUCAGAGGUUGGAUGAUCUUGGAGAUGUCGACCUCUACUGACGACGAGCGCAGGGUCAUCAAGGCUGCUACCCAGAAUCGACUGGGAUACCAGGAGGUGAAGCAAGAGAUGUGGGGAGAUUAUGAUGAGACCAUGAGCGCACACCACCAGGAGGACUGGAACUGGUGGGACGACGAAGCCUACCAUGUCUCUAUGGACCUGGAUGAUGACGACUACGACGAGGAGGUCUUGGCGGCUGAGGCCAAUGCCCAGACGACCCCGUAG